GGGGGAAAAAACUUAAGCUUUUUGCUAAAGCCCGAUUCAACUGAAGGACACAAAGAAAUAAAAACGCCCACAUAAAAAGCCAAACAAGAUAAUAAUUGUGCAUGUCUGGCUCUGAAUCUAGAGGGCAAGGCUUGCGUCACUGGCACUCUGAGUUACCAUGGUGAGUGAUUUAUUGAUAUAUAUCAAGAAUGAAUAGAUCAAAGGCAGCGAGAUGACAGGUGAUCAAUCAAAUGUCAAAUCAAAACUAGCAAUCAAGUGGAAAGCUGACUUUUCAGUGGGUGGGUCUGGGAGGAGAAAAAUGAACUUUCAUAUCACACUUCGGAGAAGCAAAACCCCAGCAUACUAUUUAAAAAGCAAUUAAGCAACCCAAAAGGAAAAAAAAAAAUCCUUUACAAGAUCUAACGUACUGAUCCAUUAACCUGUUCCUCUCUUUUUCUUUUUUAUUUUGGAGGAGGGGUGGUAAGUAAGAAUUCAUAUGGGAUAGUUCCUACCAUACAAAUCAAUUUACAAAGUUUGCAACUCACUCUGGGCAAAGAAAAUCCAGAGCUGUUUCAAUAUUAAAGGGGCAUUUUUCUUCCCCUUUUCUAAGAGAAGGGAGAGAUUUCCAAACGUUAAAUUUCCAAACGUGGAUCCUCUUAGAAAACAUAUUCAAAGGUUCGUUUCCUGGGGUGGUUUUUUCCACCUUGGUGAUCAAAGCUAAACUCCUAUGGCUCGCCCCAAAGCCAGGCUUGCAGCCCGGGGCUGGGUCACUGCUCACACUUCAGCGUCCCAAACCCCAGCCAGAGGAGACGCUGUCCCUCGAGGCCAGAAGCCACUGGCACUGACCACGCGGAGGGAUGCGGGGGUGGAAGGACUGUCUCCCCACUCCGCACCCCGAAUCCUCAACCCAACUUUGGCCCGAGAGGCAAGAAGCAGACUGGGAGAAAGUUAGGGGUGGGGUAGAGGGUGGAGGAAAAAAAGUUUAAGGAGGGAAGGCUUGGUGGGAUAGCUUCCCCCAACACCCUCAAUCGGAGCCUGGAAAGGGGAGGAUUUGGGAGAUUGGAGAAGGCGAGAGAGGAUGGGGUCAUGAGCCGGGCAGAGAGGGGCACACCCGUAGCGAACUCCCCCGAAAGCCGAGGGGGGUGGCGUCCUGGGGCACCCGGGGCGAGGAGGGCGGGCGAGGAUCUCGGCGCACCGGGCAGCCCGGCCGGACAGCCCCGAAGCGGAGCCGUUUCUCUUACCUGCCGCCCGCUUGGGUGCCUGCUGUUUCCUCCUUGGCAUCGCUCUACUUCGCUCCAGUCCCACUUCUGGCGCCCCAGCCCCGAGCCGCGCGCGGGGGCCCGCGGUCUCUCUCGCCUCUCUGGGUCUCCUCCGCCUCCUGCCCGGUGGCUCCUAGGGCGUCACUCGGCCUCUGUCCCCCUGACGAUCCCCCCUGCAACUCCUCCACCACGGGCCAGAGACCCCCCUCUCUGGGUGGCAGACACGGACGGCUUUGCCGGCUGGUUGGAAGUAGAGAUAACACCAUUUGCAGUAUAAUUCUCUCCCAUGAUCAGCCAUCCAUUUUUGUGAUACUGAUCCUUCCCCCAGCUUUAGGGGGUGGACUCUGACUGGCUAAAGCCAACAAUCCUAUCCUAUCUCAUCCCUCUGGCUACCAUGGUUUGAUUCAUGAUGGAAGA